UCCAUCAGGAUCAUUUUUCUUUUAUUUCCCCGGAAAAAAAAAAUAAUUCUCAGAAGAUGAAUGGGGAUUGUGUUUUCUUGUGUCUGAGUGAAUUGCAAUAAAUUACAAAAUCUUUAGCCUUUUCUGAACUACUUUAAAUAGUUUCCAGAGCACAAAUUUGUUCUGUUUCCGUGGCAACAAGAAUAAGCUAGCGGCCUUAGUGUUUGCAGAAAUACCAGUAAAAACACUUGUGAACUUUCCUCCAAAGAAAGCAUACUUGUUUCUUAUUUUGUAUGUACACAAUAUCAGUCUGCAUUAUCAGAAUUGUUUAGGAACUGUUCCUCUGCUAUUGAAGAGAAAUGAAGAAGAACCCCUGGCACUCACCAUGGGUUAUUGCUCUUGCUGUCCUCAUUGCUCUGGGAAUCAUCGCUUUAGUGACUACAGCUGUGGUACAGAAUAAACCUCUUCCCAAGAAGUUUAAGUAUGGUAUUGUCUUGGAUGCUGGAUCUUCUCACACUUCCUUAUACAUCUAUGAGUGGCCAGCGGAGAAACAGAAUGACACAGGAGUGGUUAAACAGCUACACGUCUGUCAUGUAAAAGGCCCAGGUAUCUCCAGCUACAGUACAGACCCAAAGAGAGCAGGAGCAUCUCUUCAAGAAUGUAUGAAUGAGGCAAAAGUAAAAAUACCAGAAAGAAGACACAACGAAACACCAGUUUAUCUAGGAGCCACUGCAGGCAUGAGGUUGCUCAGAAAAGAAAAUUCAUCUGCCUCAGACAAAGUGCUCUCAUCUGUUGCAAAAUCCCUCCAGUCCUACCCCUUCCAGUACCAUGGAGCACGGAUCAUCACAGGCCAGGAGGAGGGGGCGUAUGGGUGGAUAACCGUGAACUACCUGAGUGAAAAAUUCAAACAGGCGUGGCAGUUCUUCCAGACUCCAAGUACUAUGGGAGCUCUGGAUCUUGGUGGGGCCUCCACUCAGAUCACCUUUGUUCCCCACGAGGAAGUUGUGUCCAAAGACAAUGCCUUAGACUUUCGCCUGUAUGGAAAUGAUUACAAGGUGUAUACGCACAGCUUUCUCUGCUAUGGCAAGGAUCAGGCCCUCAAGGUCGUACUGGCUGAACAGCUGCAGGAGAAUGAUGAGGACGUCCUGGUAAACCCCUGCUUCAACAAAGGAUACACCAAAAACAUGUCUUUGAGCAGUAUCUACAGCAGCCCCUGCGUCUCAACAAGGAGAAACAGCUCUUAUUUCUUUCAUCGUGGAACAGGAAAUACUACACAAUGCCGGGAGAGCAUCAGGAAGAUCUUCAAUUUCACAGGAUGUCCGUGGCCAAGAUGCUCUUUCAAUGGCAUCUACCAGCCUCAGCUGCAAGGAAGUUUUGGGGCCUUUUCUGCAUUUUAUUUUGUGAUGAACUUCUUAAACCUGACCACUACUACACUGGAGGUAGCCAAAGAGAAACUAGCAGCGUACUGUUCCUUAUCCUGGAAAGAUGUAAAACAGAACUACCCAAAGAUUAAAGAUAAAUACCUUGAAGAAUACUGCUUCUCAGGGACCUACAUUUUAACACUGCUUGAAGAGGGCUACAAUUUUACCUCAGAGAACUGGAACAACAUUGAGUUCAUCAAAAAGAUAGGGGACAGUGAUGCAGGCUGGACUCUUGGCUACAUGUUGAACCUCACCAACCUGAUCCCUGCUGAAUCGCCUGCUGUUCCUCCACUCCCUCAUGCUGGAUAUGUCGCCAUGAUGGUCCUCUUCUCCUUACUGCUCGUGGUGCUCUUUGUCAUUGGAUACAAAUGCUUUGGCAGGCCCAGCUGCACUUCUCAGAAAUACACCAUUUAAUGGCAUGGCAACAAUGAAUCUUACAGAAAGAUGAUUUUUUUCUCCUGAAACCACUGAGAUGCUCAAGAAACUAGAGGUUUCCUUGCUGUAGUCAUUAGAAGGUUUUACAUUUCACAGCUCUGGAUACAAUACCUCAACAGAUUCCCUGUCAUUUGAUGCAAAAGGGUGUUUUUCCACUGAAGAUGUCAAGACACGGCAGCCAUUUUUUGUCAUUUUGAACACGGGCAUAAGUGAAUCUACCUAAUAAACUGGCAUUGUGAAACUGUU